CUGAAUGGCAGCAGAAUGAACCUGCCUGUAUUUAUUGAAAAGAUCAGUAUUCAAAGCAGUGGUGGAUAUGUUCUUGUGGAAACUGACUUUGGACUGUGGGUGAGAUAUGAUGGAAAUCAUUAUGCAGAAGUCUCUGUGCCCUCUACUUACAGCGAUCUGCUCUGUGGCCUCUGUGGUAAUUAUAAUGGUGAUCCAAAUGAUGACAACAUAAAGCCCAACGGUGACAUUGCAAGUGGUUCCACUGAUCUUGGACAAAGCUGGCUUGUGCCUGAGAAUAAUACCAUAUGCUCUAGUGGGACAGAAGAGCAAUGUGAUCCUGUGCUUGAGAGUGAAGCGAGGAAGAACACAGCAUGUGGCAUGAUCACAGACCCAAGAGCGAUGUCCUGUCCUGGAGGCAGCAUCUACAAAAGCUGUGGUACUAGGUGUCCGUCUACCUGUUUGAACAUCUCAGCAGCUGAUUCUUGCAGUUCCUUACCAGUGGAAGGUUGCUUCUGUAAGCAAGACUAUGUUUUGAGUGGAGACAAAUGUGUGCCGGAAAGCAGCUGUGGUUGUGUUGAUGAAAAGAAACAGUAUCACCAGCUGGAUGAAAGCUGGUUUACCGGUUAUCCCUGCACUGAACGCUGCACCUGCAAGGCUAAUAACACCAUUGCAUGCACUUCCUGGGAGUGUGGAGUCCGAGAGGAAUGCAGUAUUCAGGAUGGUGUGCUGGGCUGUCAUUCCACUGGCCAAGCAACAUGUCAAGUGGCAGGAGAUCCCCAUUAUUUCACUUUUGAUGGAAUGGUGUACACUUUUGUGGGUACCUGCACCUACACCUUGGUUGAGGUUGUCAACACCAACAGUGUCAUUCCUAUAACUAUCCUUGGCAAGAAUGAAGACAGAGGACUAAGAGGGGCCACAUACCUGAAAGAAGUCUACAUAGAUGUGUAUGGUGUACGAAUCACCCUUCAGAAAGGCCAAGGAAUCCUGUUGAACAAUGAGAGAGUCUACACUCCAGUGGAGAACCGGUUGCAAGGCGUGUCCAUUGGAAAUGUUGGCAGAUUCAUAGUAGUGGAAACUGACUUUGGUGUGAUAGUGAAAUAUGAUGGCAAUCACCAUCUGGAAAUUACCCUCCCACAGUCUUAUUUCUCAAAGGUACAUGGCAUGUGUGGUAACUUCAAUGAUAAUCGUGAAGAUGAUCUGUCCUUGCCCAAUGGUACACUCGUUAGUGUCACCCAGUUUGGAAAUAGCUGGAAAGUGGAGGAAGACAGUGAUGAAGGUUGUUUAUCAGACUUAAGAGAAGAUGAUGUUCCUCCUUGCACUGCUGAGAAUAAACCAGUCAUUGAAAGCCAGUGCAAUGUCCUAAAAUCGGACAAAUUCAAAGCCUGUCAUAAUCUAGUCAAGCCUGAAGACUUCAUACAGAUCUGCAUCUAUGACAUGUGCCAGUAUAAUGGCAUGAAAUCCGCUCUCUGCGACAUAGUUCAAGUCUAUGUGGACACCUGCAGGAAUCAUGGAAUCACUAUUAAUUGGAGGAAUAGCACAUUCUGUCCAUUGCCCUGCCCUCCCCACAGCCAUUACACGGACUGUGUCUCCGCCUGCCCAUCAACAUGCAAUGACAUUUUUGCCUCUUCCCUUUGUGAGAAGACAGAAGAGUGCACAGAGGGCUGUGAGUGUGAUAAUAACUAUUUGCUCAGUAAUGGCAAGUGUGUACCUCUGAGCAAUUGUGGCUGCAGGGAUGAUGACAACAAUUACUACAGUGCUGGGGAGACUUGGGUAACUCCACACUGCACCAAAAGAUGCCAGUGUCAGAAGAACGGUGUCAUCAACUGUAAGAGCUAUAGCUGUGAUUCUAAAGAAACCUGCGUGAUCAAAACUGGAAAAUACAAGUGCAAUCCAACAGGUUUUGGGAACUGUCGGAUCAUGGGUGACCCACACUACAACACCUUCGAUGGUCUGGUGCACCAUUUUCAAGGGAAAUACACGUAUAUCCUGGCUCAGACCAUCCCUGACCUACCUGAUACUCUGACGCAGUUCAGCAUUGAAGGCACAAACUACCCUGUUUAUCGAGGUCGACGCAUUACUUACCUGAAAGAGAUUCUCGUCAAUGUUUACAAUCACACAGUGCGACUCAGACAGCACAAGCAGCUUGUGUUGGAUGGUGUGAGGGUGAGACCCCCUGCUCGUCCUCAUGAAGGUAUUCAUAUAUAUCAGAGGACAACAAGAAUUUACCUGGAGACAGAUUUUGGCUUAUACCUGAGCUUUGAUGGCAAUCAAAAUGCAGAUAUAAAGCUGGCCAAUACCUACAGAAACAGAGUGGAAGGCUUGUGUGGUGACUUUGAUGGGAAAUAUAGAAAUGACUUCACAAAACCAGAUGGUGUUUGGGUGAAGAAUGUGAAUGUAUUUGGUGAGAGCUGGAAAGUUCCUCUGAAAAGAACAACCUCUCCUCUCAGCCGAGAUGUCAACUCAAAAGAUGAGUCUAAGGAUGAACCAGAUCCAGGGCUCUUCCAAGGCUGCAAUGAAAAUCAGCUGGGGCAAGAAAACAGAACUUCGAGAUGUCAAAUCCUGAUUGACUUGAAUGGUCCUUUUGUAACGUGUCAUUCUAUCAUCUCACCAGAUUUCUAUUUCACGAGCUGCCUGUUUGAUAUGUGUGUAGAAGGAGAUGAGGAUGCUACCUUAUGUCGCAGUCUGGAGGAAUACAUGCUGGCUUGUCAGCAGCAAGGAGUCAGUAUGGAAGGCUGGAGGCAACAGACAGUUUGUGGCUGUGAAUGUCUCCCCGGCUAUGUUCUCAGUGGUUUUGACUGUGUGCCUUACAAACAGUGUGGCUGCACAUACCUUAACAAAUAUUACGAGAUUGGAGAGAUAUUCACCACUGAUGACUGCUCUCAGAGAUGCCAGUGCACAGAGAGCUCCACUGUCUCCUGCUCUAAUAUCGUGUGUGGGUCUGAUGAAAUCUGUGGCAUUUCAAACUACAGUCGUGGAUGCUACAGGAGUGGACCAUGUAUGCCAAAUCCUUGUAAGAAUGAUGGAGUUUGCUCUGAAACUACUAACAGCACCUCUCUCCACUUCUACUGUGAAUGUUCAGAACUGUACACAGGACCAAGCUGCGAGGUUGAAAAGAUAGCUGCAGACUCUUCCAUAGACGAUGCUGAGGACCAUACAAUUGCCAUUCUUGUUGGAGUUUUGGCAGGCGUAGUUGUUAUUGUCAUUCUCAUCUCCUCUGCAGUGUACCUGUACAG